AUGUCACUUUCUCCACUCGAAAAAGCAGCUAGUGGUGCAUUAGCAUCAGCAUUCGCUAACAGUUUAGUCUACCCGCUAGAUCUCAGUAAGACCUUAAUCCAAACUCAAGUGAAGAAGCACGAUAAAGGAGGAUCUGAUAGCGAUUUGUCUACGCCAGAGGACAGUCAAACAUUAAAGAAAACUAAAAAUGGUGAUUUGAAGUACAAGAACACUCUCGAUGUGUUGCGCAAGAUAUAUGCUAAGAAGGGAAUUUUAGGGUGGUACCACGGGCUUGCAUCUUCAAUAUUAGGAACCGCAGCGCAGAAUUUCUCAUACUUCUACUGGUACACUAUCGUCAAACGGGUGUAUGCUAACCUCUAUAAACAUAUACCCAAUCACAAGCCUACGACGGCCACCGAGUUGUUUUUGGGUGCAUUGGCCGCAUGCAUAUCGCAACUCUUCACUAUGCCUAUCGGGGUUAUUACUACACAGCAACAGACCGAUAAAACCCACAAAAACUUGUACGAAUUGUGCAAGGAAGUCUUAGAGCAAGACGGAAUCACAGGGUUGUGGAGAGGAUUGAGGGUCUCGAUGGUUUUGUGUAUCAACCCUUCAAUUACCUACGGAUCAUAUGAAAGAUUGAAGCAGAUCUUGUAUAAUAACAAGGAGUUCCUUGGACCAUUAGAGAGUUUCUCUAUUGGCGUUUUGGCCAAGUCCAUGGCUACCAUAGUGACACAACCGUUGAUUGUGUCGAAGGCCAUGUUACAAAAGAAGUCGCACAAGAAAGAAUCGGUUCCUGGCGACAAGGAAGUAUACGGUGACGAAGAAGAAGAAGAAGAAGACAUCAAAUUCGAUGCCUUCACGCAUGCGUUGGCCCAUUUAUGGAAGACUGAAAAGUUCAAGGGGUUAUACAAGGGUAUUGCUCCACAAUUGUUGAAGGGUGUCUUUGUGCAAGGUUUAUUGUUCAUGUUCAAGGAUCAAAUUGAUUUGUUUUUCUUGUUUUUGUUGAAGCUUAUCAAGACCAAAAAAGCCAUUUCCCGUUAG